AAGCCCCAACAUAAACUGAAGAUUUCUUGAAUCAAUAUCAUUCAACUGUUAUUUUUCCUCUGCCCAUAAAUUAUGGUUUGCAUUAGCAUCGAGCGCCCAAGGUUGGAGUCCCUCAAGGACCUAACCUCCAUGCCCGGUCCAAGAUCUCCAUGUCCGCAAUAUCCUGGUUUCUUGAAGACACGAUAUGUUAAGGUUAAGGAGCCUGUGUUUCGCAAUGGAGUCAGGGUUUACUGGGAUGAAGUACCACUUCAUAAAGAAGUUGGCGAAGAAGAAAGCGAGGUACGCUGCUUUGGGGUUUUCAGGUUCUUGAAAGUUCAAGUGAUUGGAACCAUUAGACGAGCGUUUGAUAGGUACUUCGGAGUCCUACUUGGGUUACCCAUGUCUGAAUAUCAUGGUUAUGAUUUACGUGAUUCUGCGGAGAUGACUAACUGGAAAAUGUCUAGGUGUUAAUGACUUUCUCAAUCCUGUGGUGGCCAAAAUUUUUUAAAAAAAUCCAGUAUUAAUAUAUAUGUAAUCUCGUU